AUGUCGCUGAAAUUCUGCCUCGAUCUUCUUGAUCAUCUGAACCUGUCAGAAUCUACAAUAUUUUCUCCGUCUUCAAUAUCAUUAGCACUUUCGUUGGUACAUUUGGCAGCUGAAGGGAAAACCAAACAAGAACUUCGGAAGGUUCUUGUGAAAGAUAGUGGUGAGUAAUCUAUAGAUUAAAAAAAAAUCUAUAAAUGUUUAUGAUUUUUCAGAAAAUGAUGACGAAAUUCAAACCUUCCAUUCGAAUUUAUACAAAUAUUUGAAUAACUCUUCUUCUGGUUGUGAAAAUCUGGAACUUCUCAUAGUCAAUCAUAUUUUCACAAACUCAAUAUAUCCAAUCAAACAAAAAUAUCUUGAUAAUUCAUCGGAAUUAUAUUCAUUGAGUGCUUCUCCACUCGAUUUCACUGAUUCUCAAAAUUCAGCCGAUAAAAUCAAUGAAUUUGUCAAAAUUCAUACCAAAAACUUUAUCAACAACAUCGUGAAAUCGGAUGAAAUAACAGAUGAUAUUGUAGCAAUUCUGAUGAAUGUUAUAUAUUUCAAAGCAAAAUGGCUUCACAAAUUCAAUUCGGAACAUAGUUAUAUUGGUGAUUUCAAUUCGAAUGGAAAUAUCAGGAAUAAUAUUGAUUAUUUAUGUGAACCAAGUGGAAUCGAAUUUAUUUUGAAAAUCAACAUUUCCAAGUAAUCCAGCUACAGUAUCUCAACACAGAUUUUGUUCUUCAUAUAUUUCUACCGAGAACUGGAUUGGAAGAAGCUGUUAAGACAUUGACUGUGGAUCAAUUCAAAGAAAUUCUAGAAAAUCAGAAAACCGAAAAUCUCAAUGUAAGAUCAUUACAAAAAAACAAUGAUAAACUUGGAUAUUUCAGAUUCAUCUUCCGAAGUUUCAAAUGGAAAGAAAAAUAAAUUUGAAUGAAAUUCUGAAAUCAUUAGGAGUUGUUGAAGCAUUUUCAAAAGAUUCUGCCAAUUUAUCAAAUCUAAGUGAUGAUAUAUGGAUCUCUAAAAUCACUCAUAAAGCAAAAAUCGAAAUCGACGAAGAUGGAACAACAGCUGCAGCAGUAACAACUAUUGUCAUGAAAAAACGUGAGUUCAUUUUUUGCAUUUUUCUAGAAACAGUAUAUUUUUCUAGGAAGUAAACCGGCUGUUCCAAAAGUUCCGAUUUUAUUCAAAGCUGAUCAUCCUUUCCUGUUUGUACUGGCUAAAACUAGUUUCCCAAUUUUUAUCGGAACUUAUGUUUGA